AUGGACGCAGCAACGAUCGAAGAGACGAACAGAAUUCGUAUCUCCCUGGGAAUGAAACCUCUGCCUGUCCCAGGUGCAGAUAACACCAGUCAAUCUCAGUCAAUGUACGCGGAUGGCGAUGCACCCAGCACAUUGGAGAGCCGCCAAGCUCAGGCCUACGACAACUACAACAAGGUCGUCGACGCGGAAAAGGCAAAGAAGAAGCGCGAAGAGAAGGCCGCAGCUGUCCGAAAAGCCCGGGAGCUGGCGCAACGAAACGCAGUUCUGGAAGGUAAAGGCUUUGGAGAAGCCGAAGAAGGUGGGGAUCUUAGCGCCAAAGACUGGCUCAUUGGACAAAAGAAGCGACAGAAGAAAAUCGCCAAGGUCCGGAAAUUGGAGGAGGAACUGGCCGCAGCCGAGGCCGAAGCUGCAGCUGCAGUCCAGUAUACUUCUAAGGAUCUUGCUGGCAUCAAAGUUGGACAUGACACGGCGGAUUUCCUCGAUGGCGACGACCAAAUCCUUACCCUCAAGGAUACAACCAUUGAUGAGAACGAGGAAGAAGGUGACGAGCUGGAGAACCUGAACAUGCGCGAGGCUGAAAAGCUUGCCGAGAGACUUGACAACAAGAAGAAGAAACCAGGUUACAACCCCCUAGAUGACGAGGAGGAGGGUGAGCGUGGUAUUCUAUCACACUAUGAUGAAGAGAUCGAGGGCAAAAAAUCCAAGAAGUUCACCCUCGACACAAGUGGCGUCAUUGCAGAGCUCUCAGAUAUUCUUGAGAAACCGGUUGACAAGACAAAGAACGGCCAGAACGUGAGCUUGGACGAUGUUAUUGGUGAUGCCCCUAUCUCUUCAGACUAUAUAGAUCCCUCACAGAUCAAAGUCAAGAAGCCUAAAAAGAAGAAGGGCAAAAAAGGAACCAGACAAAAGCCCACAGACGACGAUGAUCUCUUUGCCACUGAAACAACUCCCAUAGAUGACGCGAUGGACAUUGACUCAAAAAACACGACGAAUAAUAAGAGAAAGGCCGUCGAUGAUCCUUUUGUGGAUGAUGAUGACCUUCAAGCAACUCUCGCGAUCCAAAGAAAGAAUGCCUUGAAGAAGCGAAAGAAGACCCGCCCUGAAGACAUCGCCCGGUUGCUCAGGGAAGACGACGAGCCAGAACCAGCAGAGCAACAAGAGGGUGGUCUUGUUCUCGAUGAAGUCUCAGAGUUUGUCGCAGGCCUAACUAAACCAGGUGAAAACGAAGAGCGCAAGCCCAGAAGACCAAAGACUGUAUCAAAAUCCCCAGAACCCGAUGAAGAUCACCCCAUGGGUGACGAUGCAGAAGUGGCCGAAGAGAAGCCCCAAUCAUCUUCUGUCGAGGAGUUGGAUGAGGCGGGCGUCGAAGAAGAGAAGGCCGUUGGUGCAGGUAUGGGCGCGGCUCUCGCGCUACUAAGAGAGCGUGGUCUCGUGGAAGAUACACGUGGAGAUGCGGAAUAUACCAGCUUGCGAAACCGAGAAGACUUCCUCGCCAAGAAACGUCUGUUGGAAGAAGAACUGGACGAGCAGGCACGCGCCCAGCGAGAGCGUGACCGUACAAGUGGCAAGCUGGACAGAAUGUCAGUUCGUGAACGCGAGGAGUGGGCACGUCAGCAAAAUACCUGGCGAGAUCAGCAGCAGUCUCGACGCAUGGCCGAGCUGUUCUCAGCAGGAUACAAACCCAACGUCGACAUCAAGUACACCGAUGACCACGGCCGUUCCCUUGACCACAAGGAAGCGUUCAAGUACAUGAGCCACAAGUUCCAUGGCAAGGGAAGCGGCAAGGGCAAGACAGAGAAGCGGCUCAAGAAGAUUGAGGACGAGAAGCGACGCGAAGCACAGAGCAUGUUUGACGCAAGUUCUGCCGGAAUGAGUCUGGCAGCUCAACAGCAGCUCAAGAAGCGAAGGGAAGCUGGCGUACGACUUGCAUAA